CCCAAAUUUUCCACAUUUGACUUGAAUCACAAUUUCUAUUGAAUUUUGUUUUAAUCAUCGAGGAAGUUUAUAAAAGACCUCCUGUUACAAGCGGACUCAUUGAUUUCUGGCCUCAUUCUAGCUUUUUUUCAAACAUGGGCCAAGCUGACAUUGGUAUGAUUGGUUUGGCGGUGAUGGGCCAGAAUCUUGUGCUCAACAUGAAUGACCAUGGAUUCACGGUCUCAGUUUACAACCGGACAGUAUCAAAAGUUACUGAGUUCCUUGAAAAUGAAGCUAAAGGAACGAAAGUAAUAGGGACAAAGUCUCUGGAAGAAUUUGUUCAAAGCUUAAAGCGUCCGAGAAAAGCAAUGAUGCUUGUUAAAGCAGGGCAGGCAGUUGAUGAUUUUAUAUCCAAACUGGUGCCUUUACUUGAGAAAGGUGAUAUUAUAAUCGAUGGAGGCAAUUCAGAAUAUACGGAUACUGACAGACGCUGUUCGGAACUAGCUAAGUUGGGGAUUCUCUACGUUGGCACAGGUGUCAGUGGUGGAGAAGAGGGUGCACGAAAUGGACCAAGUCUUAUGCCUGGAGGUAAUCCCGAGGCUUGGCCACAUAUCAAGCCAAUAUUCCAGUCUAUUGCAGCCAAAGCCAAGUCUGGAGAGCCUUGUUGCGAUUGGACAGGAUCGGGUGGUGCUGGGCAUUUUGUCAAAAUGGUCCAUAAUGGUAUCGAAUAUGGUGAUAUGCAGCUAACAGCAGAGGCCUACCAUUUGAUGCGUGCUUUAGGUCAUUUUUCAAACGAUGAAAUAUCUAAAGCUUUUAAAAAAUGGAAUGAAGGUCCAUUGGAAUCUUACCUUAUAGAAAUAACUGGAAAUAUAUUAGCAUACAGAGAGUCGGAUGGUAAACACUUAAUUGAUAAAAUAAUGGAUACUGCCGGACAGAAAGGAACUGGUAAAUGGACUGCAAUCUGUGCUCUUGAUCAUGGUGUUCCUGUAACACUUAUAGCUGAGGCUGUAUUUUCACGCAUAUUGUCGUCAAUGAGAUCUGUUCGCUUAGAAGCAUCUAGGGUUUUGCAGGGACCGAAGGACAAACCGUUUAAAUGCUCCACUCCUGAUGAAGCAAAACAGUUAGUUGACGAUAUAUGGAAGGCAUUGUAUGCAUCUAAAAUAGUUUCCUAUGCUCAGGGAUUUAUGCUUUUGCAACAUGCUCAUCAAACUUUUGGUUGGAAACUAGAUCUUGGUUCAAUUGCACUUAUGUGGCGUGGUGGAUGCAUAAUACGCAGCAAAUUUCUUGGAAAUAUAAAAGAAGCCUAUGAACGCAAUCCUAAUCUCAGUAAUUUACUUCUAGACCCAUUCUUCAAACAAAUUAUCGAUGAAUGUCAAAAUGGAUGGCGUCAAGUUGUUUCUCAUGCAGCACUUAAUGGAAUUCCUACACCGGCGUUUAGUUCUGCAUUAACAUUUUACGAUGGAAUAAUAUGUCCUAGUCUACCUGCUAAUUUACUACAAGCUCAACGUGAUUACUUUGGUGCUCAUCAAUUCGAGAAAAUAGAUAAUCCAGGCGUAUUUGUCCACGCUGAUUGGACUGGUCAUGGAGGUUCUGUAGCUUCUUCUACAUAUCAAGUUUAAUUUCUGUACUUUGUAGAUGACUUUCUUUCUUUCUUUCUCGUAACUUUAUCAUUUAAAUGGAAAGUGGGGAUACUUCUUUUGAAUAUAUAUAUAUAUAUAUCAGUUUAGUGAAUAUUUGUAAAAUUGCUUUUACAUGCUAGUAUUAUGUCAAAAAGUAAUUUUUUUUGCAAUGAUAUGUUUAAUAAGAAAAGGUUUAUUUUGUACAUCUUUCUUUUUGUGAUAUUUCUAACAAAAUAGAACA